AUGGCGAACAGGAUGAUCAAAUACAAAGAGAGAGAAAGGAGGGAAAUGAAGGGAAUUGACGUGUUUAACACUGUGUUUGGAUGGAUGAAAGAUUCAAGAUGGAGAAAAAAGUGCUGUGCUACGCACACGACCACCGCUAAAAACUCCAACUCCAACUCUCUCACAUAUAUGCGUGCCCCACACUGGCUAGGCCCUACAAGCAACAAAAGCUUGAUCAACCGAGCUCGAAGCCAACUGUUGAUUCAGAAAAACAGAAGGGAGGCAAUUACAAGGCAAUCACGAGCCGAUAUCGCUCAACUCCUCAUGUAUGGCCAACAUGAUGAUGCUUUAGCCAGGGUCGACCAACUGCAUAAUGACCAGUGUAUUUUAUCCGCAUACAAUCAAAUCGAUAUCUACUAUGAAACGGUCCAUGCCAAUCUCCGUGAAAUUGGCAGCCGGAGUAAGUUGUCUCAUGAAGUUGUUGAAGCAGUUUCGAGUUUGGUAUUUGCUGCCUCAAGAUGUGGCGAAUUGCCAGAGUUGAACAGGAUAAGAUCUCUGUUCAGAAAACAUUUCGGUAAUGAGUUUGAGAGAGUCAAUGUGGAAUUACAACCUGGGAAUUUUGUGGACUCCCAGAUAAAAUACAACCUAGGUUUUAAUUCCGUAUCGGAUGAUGUGAAGCUUCAAAUGACCAACGAAAUAGCCAGAGAGUGCACUCUAUGCCUGCAGCCUGAUCAAAUAAGUCAAGAGAACUUUGUGCCACAAUAUGAAUCUUUGGAUUCGAGAAUCGGAGAUGUUAGGGAUAGCAACGGGAAGCAUCAAAGGCAAGCUUCAAAAAUCAACGAUAUGGUGUGGAGAAUUGGGUCGAAAAUUUCCAAGUCGGGUUCCAGGAAUUUGAUUUCAAAACGGUGUGAUCCUAAUGAUAUUUCAUCAGAAAGUUCACCUCCAAUUCAAGACACGUCGACUGUCUACCUCGAUGACCCUAAAGACGAGUCAUCAAGGACUGAAGAUGUCAAUGGGAGGAAUGUGGCUAAGGGUUUGGGUUCACAGAAUAGGACUGUGAGCUCUAAGGGUAAUAAUAAUGUGAAGAAGAAUUUAGCCCAGAGAUGCGGUGCUUCAAUCAAAACAGACGCGGCGUAUGGACAACACUAUGGAUCGCUUUACAAGAACCAAAUGAGUGAUCAAACCAUGUUGAUCAAAGAAGGCCUUUCAAGGAGCAAGACUUAUAAUGGAAGAAGACUCGAACGGAACGAAGACUCGAAGCCUCGGUUAAGCUACGUGCACCCGAAGCUUCCAGACUAUGAUGAGUUAGUGGCCACAUUUACAGAAUACAAGGAAGAGUACAUGAAGAGCAAUUCCAAUGACAGAACUCUUUCUAAGUGGAUGCGGUUGUUUUGA